AUGUCUGCUCUUCGGGCAAAAACCACGGGUCUGCUCGUGAACUGCAUCCCAGAGCAAGAACGCGUCACAGUUGUCCGGGAUGUGACGCGAUCUCUCGAUGCACAAAGCAGCAAUGCUGAUAUUGGAUUGGCCGCCGCACUAUGGAAACUCAUUCCGGACCGAGAAAUCCAGUCUGAGCUCGUGCUGCAUCUUCGAAAGAUGGUARAACAAAAUGAAUCGGAUCGUGUCGCUGCAAUUUGCAAGGAUCACUCGGAAUUGGAACGUGAGCUACUUCUCAGUACCAUUCCACGCGUCGAAAAUGCUGCGAACCUGMUGCGAAGGAACAGUCGACUAUGCAUUGUGUUUCCUGGGCUCGAUUCUGAUGGAGAGUCGAUUUCUCAUCACCUUGAGGAGCCUCAGGAUGAAGCAGUCGGCGCCACUGUUGAGAAGAUUAAGCAAACUCUCGGGUUCUUGAACCGCAUCAUUCACCCGGACAUAGAGCCUCUCCAAGCUAGAUGCCUCCUCCAGUCCUGUCUAGUGUUGAUUGGAGCUGUGGACAAAGCGUUAUCGCAGGUGGCGCGAGAAGCUCUAUUUUCACUCAUCGCUGUGCCGCGGAGUCUUGCUUCCGUGGAUCAGGAGGCCAUAUGGAGACGCAUCGAGAGCCUGGUGAAAUCUGAGGAUGCGUACUACAAAUCGCUUGCGUUCUCACUAUGGCUUCGUUGGCUUUCUAGCCAAUCGAUGGAGGCUUCCAUCUUGCGAAGCUCGAAUUACUGGGAUUUGAUUGUGGAUGGACUCCGCAAAGGUGACUCGGAGCGCCGCAAAAGCGCGCUCCAGAUUCUACGAGCUUCGAUCAAUGCUUCGCUCGCCGACCCUUUGCUGACUUCGAUGAUCGUUGCAGAUUCGCAAACAACAACGCCGUCGCCAGAAUCAAUUCAAAAGCAAUACUACCGCUUCGCGAGCACCUUCGAAACGAUCAUUCUUGGUCGAUACCUGAAUCAAGUUGUCGAAUGUGAAGCCGAUCUAGACUUCCUCUCCUCUUCUCAAUCGGUUGUUCGGCCUAUAUUCCUGUAUACGCUCCUGUCUUCAGCGCUGGACCAGAAGCUGCAGGACUCCAACCGCAAAUUCAUUGGAUCUUGGAUCAUGCGAUCAAAUCUCCGGACCGACGAUGCGGACGAGUUUAUGGGAUUCUUCCGGAAUGACUUCCUUCCAUGGGUCAGUGCCGGGACACUUUUCACCUCGAGUUUGGGAAGGCAACAUAGCCAUAUUCGAAGCCAACACGGGGACAGUUUGUCGCGCUACGUGGCGAACCUCUUGUCGAAUUACCCCCAGCGUGCUAGUAGCAUAAUCGACUGUAUUCUGGAUAGCAUCCUCGCUCGACACGGCAACAACUUUGCUUAUGCAAUGGUAUAUCUGGUCGAAGGUAUUGGCAAUGCUCUAGAGACCUCUGAUGGUCUAAAGCUCAGUGCCGAGCAAUUAGAGAAGCUCCUGAGAGUCGCUACUUACCCAGGUUUGCCAGAGGUGGUCCGCGAUUACGCACUUGCUAGGUCUUGGAAACUGUGCUGCGAACACGUACGAUCAAGCUCCAGUGGAUCCGGCUCUAGUGAUAUCUUGGUAUCAGCAGCAAGAGCAUGGGAAGAACUGCGAGUAAAGUCCGACAAUCUCGGCAACAUGGCAUACUCYCAGCGAGAUGGAGACAUUGCUUCAAUCACCCUUCCACCUUCGAAACGAGAAGUCAACGAGCAAAUCGCUCUCGAAAAAUGUCGUGGAGCCAUCAACGGUACGAGCGGCUCAUUAGACAAUGAGAAGCUUGAAGAUGUCUGGAGCGACGUGGAAUAUCUAGAAUAUCCAAAAGGACUUCUGACUGCGCUGCCAGGGCUGAUCCUGCACCCCAAUGUGAUUAAAAAUGUCGUCGGGGCGCCUUCAGACAACGAAGCCUUGAUAAGAACGUUGGUCAAGCGGACCAAAAAUAUGUUCAAACUUGCUGAGAGCAGGUCAUAUUUAUUUCCUCCACUUGUGGAAUCUCUCCGCACAGUGGUGCUACAGUUUCCGGAAUCUGUAUCUCUUCUGCACUUCGAUGAUUUGAUCAUACAUUUGGCGGGCCAUCCUCCAGCACCGACCAUGGAUGCACUACUCGAGGAGGCUACGAUCAACCUUCUGCAACCUAUCGAUCCACGAACGGCAAAGCUCAGUCGUGAGUUCUACUCUGGCCGCCGUGAGAGCUACGGAUUUGCAGCGCUAAUAGACUUGGCGAGUCGCUUGAACGGGGAGCCUAUGCGCCAGGUACUGAAUGCAUUGGUGCAAAGAUGGACAGACCAAAAGACUCCGGCACCAGCUGUAAGCCAUUGGAAGACCUCUUUGCAGCUGCAAAUCAUGCUUGUGUGCUCGGAAAGAUUCUUCCCCACCGCAGACGUCUUAGAUGCCGCCCGAGUGCUGCAAGAUUUGCAUCACAUUCUGUCCGUUGAGCCAAUGCCUACGUAUCGAUAUCUCAUUGAGUGGGUUAUCGCCCGCGUCUACAUUCACCACCCGUCGCUACGAGUAGAGUUUCUGGAGAAGCUGAGUACCAAAGAUCAUCAUUCGAAUCCCAAGUACCUGGCAUCCUUGAUGAAGCUAGGUGUCAUGAUGGUAAAGAGUGAUGACUCGGCAGAGUCGUUUGCCCUGCGAUUAUGCACCGCAUUCGUGCCUCUUGCUGCCUCUUCCAAAGUUGUCAUCAGGCACGAAGCUCAGUGGCAAGUGCCGAUCCUGUUCGAGCAUGCCAGGAACAAGAAGUGGGCGUCUGUGACUAGCAACCCUGCAUUUGAGGCUCUGGAUGACUUCAUCCGCAGCCUUGAACGAUUCGACGAUCCACCCCUUGAGCGACAGAUCGAUCGGCUGGAUCCUAUCAAAGAUCACCAUCUGACUCACCUUGUCUCGGGAUCUUGGUGGGCUCUGGACCAGGUUGAGCAGCCAUUGUGUAGCCACAGUGAUUUUAUCGACUUGUACGCCAAUGAUACAGCCCAGGGGGUCACUCUUCAACCGUCCUGUUUCCCACUAGGUCCAUCUCCUUCAGCCGAAGUCACUGAACCGAUUGCCACAUCCAUCUUCCAAUCGCCUGCCAAGAGCAACCUCAAAACAGCGCAAAACGUUGCCUCGAUCGAUCAAGCACUCUCAAGCGAACCGACUCCAACGACUGCCCUCCAAACUAAAGGAGCAGCAUACCUCUCCAACACUCGAGUUCGCCACUCUAACCUCUUCGUCAUCGCCUCCCUAGUAGACAACCCCUACAACCUCGGCGGACUCUCCCGCGUCUCCGAGAUCUUCGGCGCUGGCGCCCUCUACCUCACCAACCCCCAAGUCACAUCCGCGAAAGACUUUGUCUCCGUAAGCGUUUCCUCGCACCAUCACAUCCCAAUUCUCCCAUUAGCUGCCGACGGGAUAGCGGAAUUUGUCGCGGCGAAGAAGAAGGCGGAAGGAUUUAGCGUGGUUGGGAUUGAACAGACUGAUCGAUCUGUCAUCUUGGGUGAAGCAAACUGUGUUCUUCCAGAGAAGUGUAUAUUGGUGCUAGGGAGCGRGAGGGAGGGAAUUCCGGCUGCAGUGCUGAGCGAAUGCGAUGUCUUGGUGGAGAUUGCGCAGAUUGGUUUGACGAGGAGUUUGAACGUGCAGACUGCGGCGGGAAUUGUGCUGUGUGAGUAUGCGAGGCAGCAUAAGAAGUAG